AUGGAUGUCCUGCGGGAACGUCUCACGCCUCAACACUUCAAGCGUCAAGAUAAUGGACUCUACUACUGCACUUGCAAAGAUAUCAAAAUUCAGCUCACCCGUGAAGAAUUCAAGGAGCUCAUGUGUGGGGUCUCUGGGCGGCUCUUACACCCCCCGGAUCACCCAGAGGCAGAACGAGAGCAGCGCACACAAUACGCCCUGAAGGAAUGCCUUUUGGAGCCAAUGCAACAGGCCAAAAAGCGUAACCUGAGCGCCCGCACAAUUUCUGAUGACUGUGAUAUCACAAGCCACCCCAUAAUUGACUCCAACAUCUUGAGUUGUUCUCAGACCCAAGGGGAAGCCUCAGCGCCCAAAGCCUCAUACCAAACAUCGCAUGGUGACAUCAAUGCAGUCAAAAAAGAGCUAAAGCACACUCUUUCGCAACCUGAGUUACAACAAAGCUCCCAGAUCAAAAGACCACCAAGAAAGAUCCAAAAGAAAAGGAAUCAAACCGUUCACGAACCCUCUGGUGCAAAAAGACCCCGCGAGCGACCCGAGCAGAAGCAACGUGGAGAGUCGAAGUACAGAGAAGACUACGUCAAUGACGCUGCGAGCCGCUCUUCCUCCCCCGAAGAAAGACCCAAAACAACCGCUCGACAGGGACCUAAGAAGAUAGCAUACAACAAAGAAGAGAAUGAUGAAGGCAGGGCAUUUGUCGAAGAUCUUCUUGACAAUGGAGCCUCGCAAUCGGAUGUCGAAAGAGAAUACAACAUUAGGUUUGGAAGAUUCCGCAGCUUUCGCGCUAUUUGGGCCAAGUCCGAGAUCAAAGACUGUUAUGCUCGAGCGAAAGAGAAUGCAAAUAGCGCUCCCGCUAAACAUCGAGCUCUUGACGAGGGACACGUCGCCAAAAAGGAGAAACCAGAUCAGGCGCCCGUAGAGUGA